AUGAAGAUCAGCGAAGUACUAAUCUUGCUGUUGGUGUUGGGGAGGAUAAUUAAAGUGGAGCAUCGUUGUGAAUACUUAAAGAGAGAAGAAGAGGAAUAUGAUGAGACAAAGAAGAAGAAGAGAGAAGGCCCGUGGUGUCUGCAGAGCUUUUCAGAGAAGGGAGUGUACUCGUGGAGAUUCUUGCAAAUUUUCUCACGAUGA